GGUAGCGUCUUUCCUCACAGUGCCACACUGCCACUAACCCAGUGAGCCUUAGGGAGGACCAAGCCAACUCGACUCACUGUCUCGAUUGGAGCUUCUUCAUCAGCUCCACCGGGUUUAAUAGGCUUCGCUCUGUCUCAGGGUAAAAGAAAGACAAUGUUUCUCAAAACUGAGUUGCAAUGGAAUGUUGUAAUCCCUGCUGAAAGCUUGGAUGCGAAGGGAUUAAUGCUCCAAAAGGCAAUUUUUGUUCGGCUAUUGGAUGAUUUUGCAAAGAGAAAGGCUACUAAAGACCUCGGAUACCUUCUUGCUCUCACAACUGUUGAGAAGAUAGGAGAGGGAAAAGUCAGGCAGCAUACUGGGGAUGUGCUUUUUCCAGUUACCUUCUGUGCCAUCUCCUUUAAGAUUUUCAGAGGAGAGAUCUUAGAGGGAGUAGUGCAGAACGUGCUCAAGCAGGGAGUUAUAUUGAGAUGUGGUCCAAUUGAGAAUGUGUAUCUCUCUUCUUCAAAAAUGCCUGAUUACAACUAUGUUCCAGGGGAGAAUCCUGUCUUCUUGAAUGACAAGAUGUCUAAGAUUGAAAAAGGUGUCACCCUACGUUGCAUUGUCAUUGGAGCUAAGUGGCUUGAGGCAGAGAGGGAAUUUCAGGCGUUGGUUGGCUUACAUGCUGAUUAUCUAGGACCAGUCCCUUAGUGUGAUUCCCUUCUACUUGUGACCUGCAAGGAUGUUUCCAUCUUUUCAAGCCGCUUUUUACAAAAGCUGGCUGUUAUUGGCCGUAUUGUGUUGAAUGACUAUGUUAUUUUGUUGGCCUUAACAGUCUGCAAUUGUUAUGUGAAUAUGAUGUCAGUGACUUCUGUUAUUUCUUAUUUAGUGCCUUCUGGUAUUCUGCUC